ACUAAAGGUAACCUUAUAAUUAUCUUUCAGUCCAGCAAGUAGAAAUAUUUUAAAAAUUAUGAAUUUUUUACCUAUUAGACGGCUUUUUGUUGCUGCAGAACAAAUUUUAGUCAGAUCGUACGGCUCGAAAACAGUACAGAAUGUUUCUUCAAAUGAGCCCGACUUUGAUAUGGAAAAUCCCUUCGAAAAAGAACAACACAAAUGCAUUUUAUGUAAACACAACAUAACAGUGGAUUAUAAGAACGUUAAGUUACUAUCGCAGUUUCAAUCACCGUACACUGGAAGAAUAUACGGAAGUCACAUAACUGGCUUAUGCAAGAAACAACAAACUAUUGUCGAAGCUGAAAUUAUAAAAGCACAAAGUGCAGGUCUUAUGGCUACGUAUCUUAAAGAGACAUGUUAUCUAGAUGAUCCUAAAUUAUUUGAUGUAGAGAACCCUAUUAGGCCUCAUAAAUAUUAAGUAUACCAAAAUCCAAACAAAAGAAAUAUGAGUGGUUUUGACAUAGAAUUAAUAUUUAAUAAGAAAAAAUUAUAUUUCUUAUAGCAAGUUUCAGAUAAAUAGAUAUAAAUCACACCCAGAGGGUAAAUAAAUACAAGAUCAACGUCCAUCACCAUGUAUAUGACAUUUAUUUUUGAUUAUAAGGUGGAUGUGCAGAAAACAAUAAUAUAAUUGUAAAUAAAUGUUUUAUUGAAACAUA